AUGCAUUCACCUUGCCUUUCUCUUUCAUUAGCCGAGGCGAUCCUCUCUAAAUACAACCUGUGCACCGCAGCAUGUGCGCGUUUGACAGAUACUAAAACAUUCGCACUAAAGCCGGAACCAGGAUCCGUCACAGCGCAAUUUACCUCCUGCCACAAUGGCCUCGAUGGUCACAAAGUUAAGCCUGUGAACGAGUCGACCUACGACUGGUGGUACUUUGUCGCUAUCAAUAUCGACAGUAUAUCCUCUUGCUGUCGCUUUCUUCGAGGCCCCAGUCUGGUUCCGAACCCACAGAGGUCUCGCAAGCUUGUUCUUCGUGUAGGUGUCCAGCUCUUUUCCUAA